GCCCUUCCUCCUCCUCCUCCUCCUCCUCCUCCUUCUCUCUCCUCCUCCUCCUCCUCCUCCUCCUCCUCCUCCUCCUCCUCCUCCUCCUCCUCCUCCUCCUCCUCCUCCUCCUCCUGCGGCCCCGCCCCCCAUGCUGGCCCUGUGCGCGGCUCGCAGGUCCAUUGGGCCACGGCUUGUGUUGAGAAUGACAUUAGGAGCAGAAAUCACUAGCCAGCUCAAGGCUUCUUCAUACAUCGCAUCAGGCCGAAAUCUUCUGAGAUGGGACCUCUCACCAGAGCAAAUUAGAUCAAGAACUGAAGAACUAAUCAGGAAGACAAAGCAUGUAUAUGACAGCGUUGGGAUGCUUGAUAUUGGGGAAGUAACACAUGAAAAUACUGUACGGGCCUUGGCAGAUAUAGAAGUAGAAUAUGCAGUGGAAAGGAGCAUGUUGGAUUUUCCCCAGCAUGUUUCACCAGACAAAGAGGUACGCUUAGCAAGUACAGAAGCUGACAAAAAACUUUCCAAUUUCGAUGUGGAGAUGAGCAUGAGAGAAGAUGUAUUUCAGAAGAUCGUUUAUUUGCAGCAAACCUGUGAUCUUGAAAAUGUAAAGCCCGAAACAAAACGGUAUCUAGAAAAAUCGGUUCAAGUGGGAAAAAGAAACGGACUCCAUCUUCCUAAAGAAGUGCAGAAUGAAAUAAAGACAAUGAAGAAAAAAUUGAGUGAGCUGUGUAUAGACUUUAACAAGAACCUGAAUGAGGAAAACACAUACCUGGUAUUUUCUAAGGAAGAACUUGAAGGCCUUCCUGAUGACUUUAUUAACAGUUUAGAGAAGACUGAGGAAGACAAAUAUAAAGUUACUUUAAAGUAUCCCCACUAUUUUCCUGUUAUGAAGAAGUGCUGCAUUUCAGAAACCAGGAGAAAAAUGGAAUCUGCCUUUAACACAAGAUGCAAAGAGGAGAACACAAAAAUUCUUCAGCAAUUGCUUCCACUAAGGGCAAAAGUAGCAGAACUGCUUGGUUAUAAUACACAUGCCAACUUUGUCCUGGAGGUAAACACUGCAAAGAGCACAGAUAACGUAACAACCUUCUUAGAUGAUUUGAGUAAAAAGCUAAAGCCAUUGGUUGAGAAGGAAAGAGAAUUCAUUCUAGAUUUGAAGAAAAAGGAGUGUAAAGAAAGAAAUUUUGAUUAUGAUGGAAGAAUCAAUGCAUGGGAUCUUCAUUAUUAUAUGAACAAAACAGAAGAGCUGAAGUACUCUAUAGAUCAAGAGAAGCUGAAAGAAUAUUUCCCAGUUGAGGCUGUUACAGAAGGCUUACUGAAUAUUUACCAGAAUCUGCUUGGACUUGUAUUUGAGCGAGUAGAAAGUGCACAUGUUUGGCACGACAGUGUUACUCUUUAUACAGUAAAGGACAACUCAACAGGAGAAAUGUUAGGGCAGUUCUAUUUGGACCUCUACCCCAGAGAAGGAAAGUAUGGACAUGCAGCAUGCUUUGGUCUGCAACCUGGCUGUCUUCUCUCUGAUGGAAGCAGAAUGAUGUCGGUAGCUGCUCUGGUAACCAACUUCACAAAACCAGCAUCAGAUCGCCCAUCGUUGCUGCGACAUGAUGAAGUAAAGACUUACUUCCAUGAAUUUGGUCAUGUAAUGCAUCAGAUAUGCGCACAGACUGAUUUUGCAAGGUUUAGUGGAACUAAUGUGGAAACAGACUUUGUAGAAGUACCUUCACAAAUGUUUGAGAACUGGGUGUGGGAAAAGGAACCACUACAACAAAUGUCAAGGCAUUAUAAAGAUGAGAGCCAUGUUGCAGAUGCUCUCCUUGAGAAACUUGCUGCCUCUAGACUGGCUAAUACAGGUCUCUUAACCCUCCGUCAAAUUGUUUUGAGCAAGGUCGACCAGGCACUCCACACAAAGCCAUCUCUUGACCCAGCAGAUGAAUAUGCCAAAUACUGUAUGGAGAUUCUGGGAAUUCCUGCAACUCCAGGCACAAACAUGCCAGCUACUUUUGGACAUCUGGCUGGUGGUUAUGAUGGCCAGUACUAUGGAUAUCUGUGGAGUGAAGUGUUUUCCAUGGACAUCUUUUACAGCUGCUUUAAGGAAGAAGGCAUAAUGAAUCCAAAGGCUGGAAUGAGAUACAGAAACCUUAUUUUGAAACCUGGAGGAUCUUUGGAUGGGAUGGAUAUGCUUCAGAAUUUCUUGGAUCGUAAACCAAGCCAGAGAGCUUUCCUGUUGAGUAAGGGACUAUGUGUUCAGUAAAAUUGUGGGGACUAUGUGUUCAGUAAAAUUAUGGUUUCUUUGUAAUGGCAUAUACGUAUGGAAUGAGCUGGAAACGUCAGUGUGUUUCACAUCUUAACUAUGUACCACUUUAGGCAAAUCAGGUUGCUUUUUCAUGAUUUUUUAAAAUGUAUAAAUAAAAAUGUGAUUUUUAAAUUGCACAGGACUACAAAAUUCAACACAACAGGGAAAAAAGUAAUUCUGAGAUGUGCUGAAGCUGAGAAAUUUGGAUGGUAAUUUUUUUUCUGGAAUUAAUGUGAGAUAACGCUAAUCAACAUGGGGAUUUGAUGCCUUGUUUCUCUUUUAAUAGAUGCACUUAAACUGUCAUGUGAAUGGAUUUCAAAACUGGGGAUAAAAAGAACACUACCAGCAAUAAAAAAAAAAAAAAAAAGAAAAAAACAUUUUAUAUUCUGUAUUAUUCUCUUGUAUUUAUGGCUCACAAAUGUUUUUGAUGGAGUGGAACUUUAUUUGAUUUCAUCAUGGUUUGGGUUCAGUCUAGCUUUCUGACAAAAUUCAAGACUGAGAACCUGUGCCAGACAGCUUUACAGCAGACAUACUUGUGUAAUACUUCUACAUUUCAUUUUGGUGCAUGCUAAAUUCUUGUAUUAUUUAUAAAUUUAUACAGUAUAAUUUAAAAAAAAAAAAAAGCCAAUUAUCAUCUGAGCUAAAUAGAGGAUAACCACUCAGAAUAUGACCUUGUCAGUUCUCCCACUGCUUUUCAUUUUUUGUUGAUGAUCACAAAUCAGAUCUUUGUUAGGUCGUUGUUUUCCCAGCUAUAUCAUCACAGGCACUAAAAAGUUAUAUACUAUAGCAAUUAUAAUGGUUUUGGUUCGUUUGUGAAAAUUUUCGAGAUAUGUAUAAGGAAAGUUGUGUCCCCAGUGGGAAUGGUAAAAGUCAAUGCCAGAUAUUCUUAUUGGGCCUUUCCAGUCUGGCAUGCAGAAGUGCAACAGAACAACUUCACAGAUUUGAUGGUUUCAGCUAUGGGAGUAGGAAAGUAAUCAAGGAAUUAUUUUGAAGUUUUUCUGUGAGAUCAUGCCAAUUCUUACACCACUGAAACAAAGCUGAUAGUUCAACUGCACUUUUCUUGUCUUUAGAUAUAAUACCUUACUUUGGUUUUGGUAUUGCAACAUUUUUUGUGAUCAAACUUUAACUUUGGUUACUAGCUAAUAGAUUUUAGACAUUUGAUUCAGAGCCGUGAACAUGGCUAAUAUUUUAUUUAUUUGUUCAAACACAAAGUAAGAAAAUAUGCCUGGUAAACUCAAAAGAUUCCUUCCUCUUUUUUUUUUUUUUUUUUUUCAAAAGAAAACUGAAAGCAUUCACUUUAGGUCAAAUCUAUGUGUUUGAGAAAAACAACAGUUGUUAAUGUUCACUUGAAACUUUUUUGUGUUUUUCUUUUGAAGCAUUUAAGCUGAGAAAAGCAGAAGAUCUUCAUUGGUUUCUACUUAAUUUUUGUUCCAAGAUGGAAUAUUUGACAGGACUUACUUCUGAACCACAGUAGUUAUGGAUGUGAGGAAACACAAGUUUUUAGCCAAAACAUACUUAUUUUGUAGUUUCAACAAAGCACAUAAUUAAGUCAGUUCUAACUCUCAUAAUCAGUUGCAGUUCUAGACUCCAGUUCUGCAGUGUCAAGGAAAAGUAAUACAUGAAAAUCACAUAUAUGAGAACCUUUUGAACAGUGUUCAGAACAGCCAUAAAAGAAAGCUAAAGAAACUAGUGGGUGCAAGAUCAUCGUAAAACCUGUAAAUUUAGCCUAUAUGAAUUUUCUCUACAGUCUGAAUGCAUUUGGAAGUAUUUUAUUUUUAAACAAGUGUUUAAAAUUAUUGCAAAUCCUAUUUUUUUUUUUUCCAUUCACCAUUUAAUGAUUGUUCCAAUGAAUUAAAUGUAAAAAGUUGUUUAGAGAUACUAUCCAAACAUGGUCUGCAAAUCUAAGCAACAGAAUUUUUAUUAAGAUGUAAGACACAGUAUUUCUUUUGGAGCUGCCAAACUGACUUCCACAUGAGGGAGACCUUUCUCUGCAUAAACCAGCAGUCUCACUUCAAGGUAGAUAAUUGCAAAUGCAGUAAUUAUGAGCAAAAAUAUGUGGUGAUGACAUUUAAAAGUUAAAUACAGAACAGUACUGAUGCUGA